AUGGGAGUUGAUCUCGAUGAAAGAUUAAUUGCGGAGGUUGAUCGAGAGCUUAGCUGGACUGCUCAGCUGCUGCUCUCUAUUCAGCUUCUUCAGCCGGACUGCUGCUCAGCUGCUGUCUGCGAUUUCUCUUUCAAUUGGACUGCUUCUCAGCUGGACUGCUCCUCAGCUGCUGUCUGCAAUUUCUGUUUCACCUGGACUGCCUGUUCAGUUGCUUCAGCUGGACUGCGAUUAGGAUUUCUGCUUUAG